AUGCGUGCAGUCGGGGUGCUGCUCAUCUGUUUUAGCUGCAGUUUUCUCUGCGCCGUCGCUGCUGAUAGAACUUUAGAGGAAAAAGGUCGCAAUGAACUGCGGAAGCUACGCGAGCUGGCGGUGCAGCCCCGGUACGGAGAGUGCUGGACCAGAGCGCUGGAGAAGAUCCACACGGGCUGCAGGGAGUUCUCCGCAGAUAUGCAGAGCUUGAUAGCGCUGGCCUUCACCCACUGUCACCUGAGAAGGUCUGGCCGUAAUUUUCCAGAGUGCCCCGAGGGCAGCGAUGUUAAGACCUGCACCCGUGACAUGGACCCUGUUGCAUUUAACACCUACACUGAGUUCUUCACCCAUGCCCACAGCAUCUGCCAUUAUCUGCAGAGCGAGCAGUGGCAGAAUAGAGCGGAAAACACCAUCCACAGGCUGACUGAGAGUUCAGCUGGUGUGGCCGAGCAACUAGCGUCCACUCAGCGGAUGGCUGAGGACCUUGUAGAGGCCCAGAGCGUGGCCCUCAAAUCACAGGAAACCAUCCUGCGCAACGGAGAGGAGCUCAAAAACACACUGCAGGACUCCACCAGAGGCCUGAAGGACGUGUUUGCUGAGAUGAGACAUUCCGUACAGGAGCAGCAGGUGGCAUUUGCGGAAAUCUUCAGCCGCGUGGCUUUCCUCCAAAGUUUUAUCAUGUCAGAAUCGCACACCCUCAGCUCGCUGUUCUACAACGCUCUGGGCUUCUGCGCCUCCUUUCUGCUCACGUCCACCCGACGAACUUCGGGGGCCAGAUUUUUCCUGUUCGGACUGGUGGCUCUGAACGUCUACCUGGAGAGGCUGAUCUGUAAGAUGGUGCUGGAAAACGAUAAUCCAGGAUAUCAACAAAUGGAGCGGAUUGCUUUGCUGGUCGGCCUUCUGAGAAAAGCCAUGCUUGUGAUUGGCAGCUUUGUUCUGUUGUACUUUGCUGUGCGGUUUCGGAACGUUAACCGAGAAAGUCUGGAGAUACUGAAGGAGCUGAAAGAGACUCGCUCUAAUCUUCAGCAAGCCUUGCGGAAAGCAGGUGAGCAUUUACAGUAA